AUGAAUGCCUAUGCAAAUCCCCCAUUGACAGACGGAGCGAUACGAACGUCAUUGUCUGAUGAUAAUGGGAGUUUUGAGGACGAAGAAUUUGAUGACACAGGAAUGGAAUUUGAGUCUCCAAGCAAAGACAUAGUUCAGCUGAAAUGUUCUACAGAUGAUCGGACUAAUGCAGAAUUGACCAAUGGGCCCGAAAUCAGCGAACGCAUCUCCUCUUUACCAAAAACUAGGGAGAGUCGUUUAAUGUUCCAGGCGAAGAGUAUGACAACACACAGACGUCAGCCUAUGAAUUCAUCCUCAAACAGUAAUUACUUCGGUUACUCGGACGAAGAGCAGAGAACCAUUAUUCGACAGAAUGAAUUGGUUUCUUCUCCGCGAGACAGACCUAAUGGGUUCGCCAUUAGGGGAAGGCAACCUUCUCAUUCACAUGUUUCACCUUCUUCGAGAUUGAAAUUUAACAACAUUUUGGACACUCUAGCAAGUUCUCCUAGCAAAAUAAAGAGCAACAAUAGAUUGGAGAAGCUGUCUUGGAACACUGAAAGGAUGCCGAAUAGUGAAAUUGAAGGUGGACGUGAUACGAGUCCACAAAAAGCUUCACAUGAAUUGAUCGCCACAAAAUGGAACACGUCAGUAGAUCUGCCAUAUCGUGUAAAAGUCCAGCCUACAAGGCUGAUAAUCAAUGAUGAAAUAUCAAGAGAUAGUAUUAUUGAGAAAGUUAACCUUACGUUGGAUUCUCUCAGCACUUCAAUUAGAAAAACGAAGACGAUUAACCCUGAUAUUACUUCUACGCCCAAAUCAAAUUCUAAGGAUAUUAAGCUGGCCGCCCCAUCGAACAGUUUACAAUCUGAAUUUGUCGACCAUUUCUUGAGGAGUCCAGAACCCACGUUGUUCAAGUCUAAUUCCGGAAAAAACCAUGAAUUCGAAUCAAAUACUUGCGGAAGCGGUACAUGGCCCAGUGAUAAAUGGUUGAAGUUGCGAAAGAUAGUAAAACUGAGGUCAAUUACAAGACUGGAAGCUAUUGGAAGUACUUUUCUUCUUCAGGAGCUUGAUUGUUCAAAAAAAGAACUUACAUUAAGGUAUGACUUCUUGCAACAGCUUCCGAAAAAGAAAUCCCGAAGUAAAAGAAUGAGUAGAGUAGAAAAGGAGACUCUUUACAAAUAG